UCCGCCCGGGACCUGGAGGUCAGUGCUGCUAACUAUGAGACGAUCUGUAGCACCAAGUCAGUUGCAGGGGAAUCCCUCGAAAAAACCAAAAUUUAUACCACCAGGCAGAAGUAAUCCAAACCCGAAUGGAGAGAUUACAAAGCUGAGUCCAGAUACAAAAUUAUAUGAGGUUGCUGCAAAUAAGUCAGAAAAUGAUUUCAGAACUGGUAAUUUAAGUCUUCUGCAUGCUAAAGAGACUACAAGAGAAAUGAAUCACAAGGAUACUCGCAGUGGAAAAUGUUUUCCUGAAUCAUCUCUGAUGCCAGCAUUAGGUCCACUUCAGACAGUUCAUCCAGCCCCAACAGAAGUGACAGCGUUCAAGGCAAAAGAAAAGGAACCUGAUAAUCUCGUUAAAUAUUUCAAUGUUGUUUGGUGUAAGGCUUCAAAGAAAAAACACAAGAAGUGGGAAGGUGAUGCUGUUCUUAUUGUAAAGGGCAGGUCACUUACAUUAAAGGAUUUGGAAGGCAAAGACAUUGGAAAAGGCAUUGGAUAUAAAGUCAAAGAUCUUGAAAAGAUUGAUGAAGGUCAAACGCUAGUGAUUGGUGGAAAAGAAAUAGAAGUCAUGGGUAUAAUCUCUCCAGACGACUUUGACAGUGGCAAAUGUUUUCAGCGUGGAGUAGGAAGCCCUACUGUCUCAUCUUUUCAGGCUGCCAAGAAGUGUUUCUCUAUCCCUUUCAAAAGUGUCGGCAAACCAGACUCAAAGGCACAUACACAGAAUGAAUUCCAAAAUUGUAAACCACGCCAUGACCCACAUGCACCAAAUUCCCUAGUUAUGCCACGGCCAAACAAGAACCACCAGUGGAUGUUCAAUAAGAACUGCUGCCCUGUUGUGGAUGUAGUGGCAGACCCUCACCUUGUAUGUCAUCUUCGACCACAUCAGAAAGGUGGAAUCAUCUUCCUUUAUGAAUGCGUGAUGGGAAUGAGAAUGAGUGGCAAAUGUGGAGCUAUUCUUGCUGAUGAAAUGGGCUUAGGAAAAACACUGCAAUGUAUUUCCCUCAUCUGGACUCUACAAUGCCAGGGGCCCUAUGGAGGCAAGCCAGUCAUAAAGAAGACACUGAUUGUUACCCCUGGAAGCUUGGUGAAUAAUUGGGGGAAGGAAUUUCAAAAGUGGCUGGGAAGUGAAAGGAUCAAGAUAUUUACUGUUGAUCAGGACCACAAGGUAGAAGAAUUCAUCAUAUCUCCAUUAUAUUCUGUUCUUAUCAUCAGUUAUGAAAUGUUACUUCGCUCCCUGGAUCAAGUUAGGAACAUAAAAUUUGAUCUUCUAAUCUGUGACGAAGGGCAUCGUUUGAAGAACAGUGCUAUUAAGACAACUACAGCUCUCAUUAGCCUCUCUUGUGAGAAAAGAAUAAUUCUUACUGGUACUCCCGUUCAAAAUGAUCUGCAGGAAUUUUUUGCAUUAAUUGAUUUUGUAAAUCCAGGCAUAUUAGGUACUUUGUCAUCGUACAGAAAAAUAUAUGAAGAACCUAUCAUUAUAUCAAGAGACCCUUCUGCUUCUGAGGAGGAAAAGAAUUUCGGAGAGAGGAGAGCAGCGGAACUUACUCGCCUCACUGGACUCUUUAUCCUUAGAAGGACCCAGGAAGUCAUAAAUAAGUACCUUCCACCUAAAAUAGAGAAUGUGGUCUUUUGCCAACCAGGACCACUGCAGAUUGAACUUUAUCGAAAGCUGUUGAAUUCAAAGGCUGUCAGUUUCUGUCUUCAAGGACUGUUGGAAAAUAGCUCUCAUCUAAUAUGUAUAGGAGCUCUGAAAAAACUGUGCAACCAUCCCUGCCUUUUGUUCAAGUCUAUAAAGGAAAAAGAAUGUAGCUCAACCUGUGAUGGAAAUGAAGACAGGCACCUGUAUGAAGGUUUGCGCACUGCGUUCCCCAAUGACUACAGUCCCCUCACGUGUGCCGAGGGGGAGUCGGGGAAACUGCAGGUGUUGUCCAAGCUCCUGGCAGUUAUCCAUGAGCUUCGUCCUUCGGAAAAGGUGGUAUUAGUAUCUAACUACACGCAAACCUUGAAUAUUUUACAAGAAGUAUGCCAGCGCCAUGGAUAUGCUUACACAAGGCUGGAUGGGCAAACGCCAAUCUCUCAAAGGCAGCAGAUUGUUGACGGUUUCAAUAGUAAAUACUCCUCCGAUUUUAUUUUUUUGUUAAGUUCCAAGGCUGGUGGUGUGGGACUUAAUCUUAUUGGAGGCUCUCACUUAAUUCUCUAUGACAUUGAUUGGAAUCCAGCCACUGACAUCCAGGUUGUGUCCCUACAGCUUUGCCCUGAGAAUCUCAGAGAUCAUGAAUCCAGUCUUCUUUUUCCUCCCAUAUCAACCGUACCCAAAGUCAUGGCCAUCAAAUUGAUUCCUAUUCUGAGUGACCCUCCAGAACAGGUCGAACUGUCCCUGGAAGUGUUUACUCUGUCACAUGAGGCCGUGGUGAGUGGGGAUGGCCUCGAUGGCAGGACAGUAAGGAGACAGUACAGCAUGCAGAUGGAGGGGCUCUAUGACAGGACUGGGCAAGAAGCCAGGCCUUCAUUGAUUCCGAAGGGGAGUUCUGAGAGUGAAAUUCCAAGCAAUGUCAAGGUUGGAAAGGGAGCUGUUUUUGCUGCCCAGGGCUCUAAGGACCGGAGUGGCAGUGUGGAGGUGUUGAACGCAUGGGCUUUCGUGUGA